CGUUUGCAGUGGGCGGGCUCUAUGGUAGGAUCUGUUUCCGGAAUAAACCCCCCCCCCCCACACACACACACACACACGUGUGGUAAAGCUGUGUUUCAGGCUGUCCGUAUUGAAUAUUAUCAGAAGCAGGUUCUUCAUCAAACUCCACUCCGUUUACAAGUUCCUGCAAGUGUUUGGCAGCUGUGCAACAAGAAGAGUUACCCUGAUCCACAUCUGUUUAUUGCAACCUCAGCUCCAUAAACUCUAGGCUCUGAUGGCCGAGCCUGAGCAUGUCACCGUCCAGGUUGGAGAAAAGAGAGGCUGUCCGGAGGAGGUAGAGAAAGACACACCUUCAAAGAAACCCAAAGUUGAGAAAGAUCACAAAAAUGGAAGCCCUCCAGUCAAAGAUGAGGAGGAGGAGGAGGAAGGGCCUGAUGGCGAAGCGGUUGAUGGAGAGGAGGAGGGUGAAACCUUUGCAGACAUGAUGAAGCAUGGCCUCACUGAGCUGGAUGUGGGCAUCCUGAGGUAUGUCAGUGACCAUGAGGGCUUCUCUGGAAUCCUGAAGGAAAGAUAUUCAGAUUUUGUGGUGCAUGAGAUCAACAAACAAGGCAAGAUCGUGCAUUUAGAUGACCUCACCGUCCCUGCAGAGGCUGAGGAAGCCCCAGAGGCUGAGCCAAAACCAGAGGAAUGUGACGUGCUAACAGAAGAGCAGAAGAAGAAGCUUGGCGAGCUGCAGCUCUUCAAAAACAAAGAGGGCGAGGUCUCCAUUGAGGUGAUGGAUGACACUAAAGAGAAGCGGACGCUGGUGCACAAAGCCAUCAAGACACAGUUUCCUGGCAUUGAGACAAAGACCGAAGAGAAGGACGGACGCAAGUUCAUCGUGGCCUACCAUGCUGCUGGGCAGAAAGCUCUAGCAGCUCCAAGGAAACACUUCUGGCCCAAAAACCGUGGCAGUUUCUGCCACUUUGUCCUCUACAAGGAGAACAAGGACACCAUGGAUGCUAUCAAUGUUCUUUCAAAGUUCCUUAGGCUAAGACCCAACAUGUUUUCCUACAUGGGAACAAAGGAUAAGAGAGCCAUCACUGUGCAGGAGAUCGCUGUGCUCAAGAUCACAGCAGAGAGGUUGUCUCACCUCAACAAGUGCCUCAUGAACCUGAAGCUGGGAAACUUCUGCUACAAAAACCACCCUCUGAAGCUGGGAGAGCUGCAGGGCAACCACUUUACGAUUGUCAUCAGGAACAUCUCAGGGACAGACGAGCAGGUCCAGCAGGCCAUGACGUCCAUCAAGGCGACGGGCUUCAUCAACUACUACGGCAUGCAGCGCUUUGGCACCACGGCUGUGCCUACACAACAAGUUGGCAAGGCUAUCUUAAGAAAUGACUGGAAUCAGGUGGUGGAUUUAAUUCUGAAGCCCCGUCCUGGAGCGGAGAAAGAAUUCCUGGUGCGCUGCAGGGAGGAGUGGGCAAAGAGUCAAGACCCCGAGGCAGCCCUGAAGAAGCUUCCCAACAAGCGCUGUGUGGAGGGGCAGCUGCUGCGAGGCCUGUCUAUGUAUGGCAAAAAGAACAUCGUGACUGCUUUUGGAAUGAUCCCUCGUAACAACCGUCUGAUGUACAUCCACAGCUACCAGAGCGUGGUGUGGAACACCAUGGUGAGCCGGAGGAUCGAUGCCUUCGGCCUGAAGGCUGUGGAGGGGGACCUGGUGCUCAAAGGAACCACAGCGCAUGUGCUGUCUGCAGAGGAGGCUGAGACUACCUCCAUCCAUGACACCGUGAUGCCACUUCCUGGGUUUGAUGUCAUCUACCCCACUCAUCAUGUGGGUAAAGGUUACAGAGAGCUGCUCACUGCAGACGGGUUGGACAUCGAUAACAUGAGACACAAAGUGAAGGACUAUUCUCUGGCUGGAGCGUACAGACGCAUCAUCAUCAGACCCACUGAUGUCAGCUGGUGAGUCGCUAAUCAAACACCAGUAUUGUGGCGGGCUCUAAGGACAUCAUUCAUCAUUGUCUGUGGUUAAAAACAAGCAAGCAAUGUUUCUUCUCUGUGAUGUUUCACCUUAAUAUCAGUAGCACUUGGACAGUUUUGUCGUUGAGUUUUUAGCUGAUAAUUGAUUGUCACAAUUCCUACAGUAUAUUAUUUCAUAAAUCAGCAAUGUUGUACAAAGCCCUUGUGCUGUAAUAUUAACCAUAUUGUAACACAGAGACUGUUGUGUACUGCAGGUAUUUGAAUGAUUUACUUAAGUUAUUCUGUGAUUCCUCUAACCCGGUGUGUUGUGGUGUUCCUCUCUGUUUGUUGCAGGGAGGUGAUCAGUAUGAUGACCCCAGGAUCUCCUUGGUGCAUAGUGAUUUUGAGAUACUGGAGAAGAAACCUGCUCCUGUUUUCAACAAAGAGGGGAAGCAUCGGGCUCUGAGGAUGGAGUUCUCCCUGCCUCCAUCAACCUACGCUACCAUGGCAAUCAGAGAAGUCCUCAAGCUGGACACAAGCAUCAAGAAACAGACGCAGCUCAACACAACCUGGUUUAACUGAGGCCAAAACACACUCUAGCUCAAACCGGACUGCUGCUGCAGGCUGAAAAGCUCCUACUACUGUGGCUUCUUACUCUUGUGAGCAUUUUAAGUGGUGUGUGUGUGUGUGUGUGUGUGUGUGUGUGACUGUGUGUGACUGUGUGUGGGAGAGAGAUUUGGCUCUAUGUGAAGCCAAACAGUUAUUUCUUUGAAGUACAAAGAGCAACAAUUUACCAUUAUUAAAUUUUUUUAAGUGUUUCUGUCCUGCGAUGACUCAGCAUAUUUGAAAAUGGUUUAUGAAGACCUUGUGCUAACAGGAUGCUGCUGCAUAGAGUGCGCAGCUUUGUACAGAAAUAGGAGUUUUUGUUUUUUUAACCUGAGCGAAAUGUGUGAAUGUAGUGAGUCUUGAAGCAAGACAUUAAAAAAUGUUGAGUUUAUAAAAUGCA